AUGGCAGAAGACGCUGAUAUGCGCAAUGAGUUGGAAGAAAUGCAGCGGCGUGCUGACCAGCUUGCUGAUGAAUCUCUGGAGAGUACCCGUCGAAUGCUUCAGCUUGUGGAAGAGAGUAAAGAUGCUGGUAUCAGGACUUUGGUUAUGUUGGAUGAGCAAGGAGAACAACUGGAACGCAUCGAAGAGGGAAUGGACCAAAUCAAUAAGGACAUGAAAGAAGCAGAAAAGAAUUUGACGGACCUAGGAAAAUUCUGUGGUCUUUGUGUCUGUCCAUGUAACAAGCUUAAAUCAAGUGAUGCUUACAAAAAAGCCUGGGGCAAUAAUCAGGAUGGUGUCGUAGCCAGCCAGCCUGCACGUGUUGUAGAUGAACGGGAGCAGAUGGCCAUCAGUGGUGGCUUUAUCCGCAGGGUAACAAAUGAUGCCCGGGAAAAUGAAAUGGAUGAGAACCUCGAGCAGGUCAGUGGCAUCAUUGGCAACUUACGUCACAUGGCCCUGGACAUGGGCAAUGAGAUCGACACACAGAAUCGCCAGAUUGACAGGAUCAUGGAGAAGGCUGAUUCCAACAAAACCAGGAUUGAUGAAGCCAACCAGCGUGCAACAAAGAUGCUGGGCAGUGGUUAA